AAAACAAUUCGAAAAAGAUAGUUUGCGAUGCCAGAGGCGGAGUUGUGUUACCCCGACUUGAAGACCUUGUGCCGCCUGUGUCUGAAGGAGCAUCUAGAUGCCCACACCAUAUUCGGCGACGAUGCCACGGGGCUCUCCAUUGCGAUGCGUCUGAUGGCCUGUGUCUCACUGGAUCCAAAGCCAUCAGAUCCAUUCCCCAAAAAGAUAUGCGACGAGUGCCGCUACCAACUGGAGAAGUCCUUCCUGUUCCGCCAACGCAGCCAGGCAACAGAGAAAAAAUUGCGCAAACACAUUCGUUUGCUCGGCUUGGGCAAGAAAAGCCGCGUCUUUUCAAAGGAGUCGGACGACUACGACGAGGAUGAGCUGGAGUUCGAGGAGUCGGUGGCAUUCAUAGCAAACCAAGAGAAGGUGCGCGAGGCAGAGGCCGAGAAAUGGCGUGAAAAGUUCAAGGAGAAUCAGGAGCAGGAGUUCGUCAAGCGUUUGGAGGCCGCGCGCCUCGAGUUGCGCCAAGAAGUAGCUGCAGAGGUUCGCAAGGAGCUGGCCGACGAGGUGCGCCAGGAUGUGCGGGAGGAACUUCGCAACGAAGUGAACGAGGAGAUUCGCAGGGAGCAACUGGCCAAACUCGUGGGCGAGCUAGAAGUAUUCCUAGUCGAAAAGAAAGCUGGUUCGUGGGAACCUAUGGAUCCGGACGUAAAGCUUGCCCCAGAGCCCGUUCCAGAUUCGCCCCCCGCCAUACUUCCCAAGCAUCCAAUUAAACGACGUCUCAGCUCUGCCUCGAAGCACCCGCCCGCACAAUGCCUGAAAGCGGAAGAGGUCGAAUUUGUGUUGGGCGGCGAUCCAGAGACUUCAGCCGCUGAUGAAGUCGACUUGGAUCCGAUCGACAUAGAGGAAGACUCUCCAACAGAUGUCACUGCUCACGAAUUUACAGAUAUUAAGAUGGUCGGUGUCGGUGCUGGGGAUGUGGUGAGGACCGAGGAUGGGGAAAUUUACAUUAUCAAUUCGACCAGUACGGUGGAACCCAAGCACGACUCCCCUCCUCCGGAGUUUCAACAGGACAGCGACAUCACGUCCUACAACAUUAAGGACGACGGGGAGAUUCAGUUCAGCGGUGAGAAGUCUGAGGAAAUGGGCGAUGUUGUGGUAUUUAACUUGGACGGCGACAUAUCUGAGGAGCAGCAGGUCUACAACUUUGAGCAGAACCUCAUUAUUGUGCCCAAAGAGAAAACACCCAAACGGGAGAGCCGGCAGGUCGGCAAACGGAAGCGAUCGAGCGAGUUCGUGUCAAAGCAGUCGCCUCGCGAGCCUCAACCAAAGGCCUGUCGAGUCACCGAUACGGUCAAGACAUUUCAAUGUCAAAUGUGUCCAACGGCCUUCCCCACGGAGAAACUGCUGACGCGACACCACAAUGCGCACAUAAAGAACCUGAAGAACGGAAAGGGCGGCUCGCUGCAGUGCCCCAUUUGUGAGCUGCAACUGUCCUGCGCCAGUUCCCUCAAGCGCCAUAUGAUUAUCCACACGGGCCUCAAGCCCUACAAAUGUGAUUCGUGUGACCUGUCUUUUUCGCAGCGCGAAGUCCUCAAGCGCCACAUGGACAUCCACACGGGGGCCAAGCGUCACAAGUGUUCGCAGUGCUCGAGUUGCUUUGCCCAAAAGUCCAACCUGCAACAGCACAUUGCGCGUGUGCACAUGGGUAACUCACGUACGCACAAAUGCCAUCUUUGUGAUCGGAGCUUCAAUCACGUGUCCGGCCUCAGUCGCCACCUCGUUGCCCAUGCAGGCGUGAUGUUCUCCUGCACGGAAUGUGGGCGGCAGUUCAACGAUCGGAGCGCCGUUCAGCGACAUCUGCAGACAGUCCACAAAAUCCAAAACAAAAGUGUCGACUAUGCUUCCGAGCCAGAGCCAGAGUUGAGCGAGAUUGAGUUUCAAUCGGUUUAGUCUUCCUCUGCCUAAAGGCGGGAUUUUCUCACUAGAGAUUUAGCUACAACACAGAGGAUUUCAUACUGUACUUAAUGUUUGCUGUGCCAGAGGGGGAACAGCAAUAACCAUUUGUAAUUAGGUUACUUCGAAUAAGUUAGAACUUUAUUCUGAAACUAAAGGGAGAUGCUCACAACAGUUGGCACCAAAUAUCAUCAACAUAUGUAUUGGAUUGUUUUCGAAAACAUGCAAACAUUGAAACAGUUCUUUAACACGAUAUACGAUAUAAGAUACACGACACACAAUACAAUAUA